CGCCGCGAUGCAAAUAUGUGGGCCCGCCAGAAUAUCGGAAUUGGCUUUUUGUGGAAACGCCGUGGAAGCUCCGAGCUGCUGUACACUGUGUGGUUUUCUGCCUGUUGGCUGCUGCUUGUUGUAGAUUGUUGGGUAGCCCCUGGCACUUGGCGCUUCUAUUGCUGUGGUGACGUCGGAAGACACGUGUAGAUAUCAGGAUAUGUGUGAUAGCUCGAUGGGAGUACUUCUGUAAGAGCCCUUUGAUUACGUUCCUCUUGUAUGAUGUGCCGUCGAUUAAGGAACACUUGUACACUACAUGAAUAUUAUUAACUACCCAGUUUCCUUUUGUUCUAUUGAAGUGUCUUUGUUGAAGAAAUUGAGUGGGUACUGAAUUUAUGAAAAGUUUGCCAAUGUGUAUGACUGAGGACACACUCAAACUCGGACCACAAACAAUAAUUGUUGGACUUUCAUCUGUCUGCGAAUAAUAUGAGAUUUACUGUAAGCCCUUGAUUUCCUCAGGAUUAUUACGUACUGAUGGAUUGCUUUUUGCCACUGAAAUAUGUUAUGAUGAUUUGAUGAUUUACUGUUUGCCUGUGGUACAAUUCGUAACAUGUUCACGGAUUACUGUGUUCCUUGAGAUUGUGUCGUGAGAUUGUGAAGGAUUGCGAUCUGUUGGUGGAUAUCAGCGCACUGUUGUGAUCAAACGUGUUGAAUAUUGUUGCUUUUGGUGCCCUUUCUGGGUAGAUUUUUCUGAAUGGUUUAUCUAUCGUGAUUUUCACCAAUGGAUUUCCCGAAGGCCGGCCGUGACUGUGGCCGUGUGUCAGUACUGUCUCGGUAUAUCAUGUGCACGUACAGUGGCGGCGGCAGCUGUGAACCUGACUGUUGUAGUUCGUGUCCCAAGGACGACACCACCUGUCGCCACCUGCUGCGCCUCUCCAUCAGCCAAAGUGUGUUCGAUCGUACUGCUUGUGUGCCCGCAGGAUAUUAAACCAUACCCUACCCCACCCCCUCCCAUCCCUUCCCCAUUUUUCUCAACCAUCAGCACCAUUACCACUCUCACCACCACUACUCUGCCCCAUUUUACCUCUAUACUUUCCCUGCCCGUAUCCCUAUAUUGAUAUAAUACUGCCCCAUUAGGUCUACCCUCCAACUGACCUUUUUGUGUCUAGUAGGGAGGUAGAGUCAUAGACAAACUGAAACCAACAUCUCAUGGUCAGUCCAUCUGUCCACGACUCAACACCCUUCCCCCUCCUCCGCCCCCUUUCAGCUCUCGGUAACACCGCUUGUCUAGUCUGACCACUCCCUCUAUUCCUCCCACCAUCUCACAUCCAGUUGGUUAGACCCCACUAUUAUCAUUACACCCCAACAUGUCUCAAAGGCUUGCAGACGUGACAGACUCACUCAUUCUGAAUGCGCCCGGCCCAAAACAACAACAACAACAGCAACAAGAACAGCAACAAGAACAACAGCCCAAUCAGCAAACACAGCAACAACCACAACAACAACAAAAAUCUGCUGCUGCUCAGCAUGUCAACAGAAGCGCGUCCUCCGGACAGCACCAUUCUCCUGUGAGACAACGGUUUCAGCAGCAGCAGCAGCAACGACAACAGCAACAGCAACCACCACACUCCCCGCCCCAGCAUGCUGCCCUGAGUGGAGUAGGGGGUGUGGCCACAGCUGACCGGAAGCCCGGCUCGCCCCCUACCGGUAUAGUGCAGGCCCGCGCGGCCGUGUUCAGCAAAGUGAAGCCAGAGGUACCCCCAAGGCGAUCCAGGUAAAAGCGUCAAAACUCCCUUGGUGGUCAAUGUCGUGUGCAUGCUUUCACGUGAAAUUUAUGCAGUCUUUGACUGCCAGAUAUUAAAAACAAUCACCCUUACCAACGAUCAGUUCCCACUUCUCUCUUACGUAUUUUUCUGUCAUAAUGGUAUUGUCCAAGAAGACCUCCUGUCUAAAACGAACUCUUCUUUCCUUGAAAAUUGGACAGGUUCGGCUAUACUUUGUUCUGUCCACCUAUCCAUAGAGAUCUACCUGUCGUGUCCCUGUACUUGCUAUCACUCCAGUAACCAAAAAGUUUUACCUGUCCUCUUAAUC